AUGGGAAGCGAAGAUGUGAAGGUGGUGAGCUUUUGGGUGAGUCCAUUUGGUAAAAGGGUUGAAUGGGCUUUGAAACUGAAGGGAAUAGAGUAUGAAUAUAUAGAAGAAGAUAUCUUCAACAAGAGCAAUCUCCUUCUCCGGUUGAACCCGGUUCACAAAAAGGUUCCGGUUCUGGUUCAUCACCACAAACCGAUUGUUGAAUCAUUCAUCAUCCUUGAAUACAUUGAUGAAACAUGGAAGCAGUAUCCACUGUUACCUCAUCAUCCUCAUCAGAGAGCUCUUGCUCGCUUUUGGGCUACUUCUGUUGAACAGAAGCUUGGGAAGGCUGGAUGGGUAGCAAUGGCCACCAGCGGGGAUGAACAAGAACGGGCUGUGAAGGAAGCCACAGAAAUAAUGGAGAAAAUAGAAGAUGAGAUUAAGGGGAAGGAAUUUUUUGGAGGGAAAAACGUUGGGUACCUUGACAUUGCGCUUGGAUGGAUUGCUCAUUUGAUUCCUGUUUGGGAGGAAGUUGGAUCCAUUCAGAUAUUAGAUCCAUCGAAAUUUCCAGCCAUCACUUCAUGGAUGACCAAUUUUCUCAGCCACCCUGUGAUUCAGGACACCUUGCCCCCAAGAGAUAAGAUGCUUGUUUACUAUCACAAUCGCAAGAACAAUUGGCCUUCUGCCUUUCGUAACUCGGUCAAGGAUUAG